CCAGGGUGGCCUCAUUCUACCGAUCAAUCAUUUACCCGCCAAGAAAUCAAUUUUCAUCAGGCCUACUGUAGGCCUGAUCACCUCCGCUGAAACGCUAAUCAGCCAGCCAGUCAAUCACGUGAUCUACCUAUCGAUCGCAUCGAAGAGACGAUCAAUCAACCUAUCAGUUCAACAAGCGGUCGCCCAUCCAUUCAAUCCAAUUCAAUAGGGGCGAGGGAGAUUAACUCUUCCCUUUCGCUCCUCGAAAUGACGAUGGCGGCGCGUCAGCUCCCAGCUAUGGUGGCCGGGACAUGUACCGUGGCCGAGUGGAUGGGGUACAGUGACGGACGGGAGGAAAGAGGUGUUGGGAGGCUUGACACGUGCACGUAUACCGCGUCGUUGAGACGAAGACCAGGAAGCAGGUGGCACGGCGGUAAGGGAGCAACGCAAGAGAGCUCGCUGGACCACCACAAGUGCAGGGCUUGGCGUUCUCUGUUGCCCACGUCGUCAUCGUCGUUUAUGCGGCGGGUGCGACAGUCGGGAUCGCGGCGGCGGGAUGGAGCAUCCUCCUCCUCUUCGGGACAGAGGCCUGACCUCGUCCGUGUCCGCGCUGGUCUUGCGGAUAUGCUGGUGAUGAGGGCAGAACAGUUCAUACGUGUCGUUGCUGGGGUCGAUUUAAAUCGCAAUCAACUGGCGGGAGAAGCGUUCGCUGUAGGUGCGGCGACGCUCAGGGAGGUGGAGAGAGUAUCGUUGACGUCAGUUGGAAAUGCCCUCAACGAGGCUAUUCGUGUUAGGGCUCGAUCAAGCAGACUUGAGGAGGCUUUCAUGGAAAUUCCUGAUUUGGAAAGCUUUUCCUACCGCGUGGUGAAACGUGGACCAGGGUACGAGAUUCGCGAAAUGGCGCCUUACGUGGUGGCUGAGACGACCAUCAAAGACGAGCCUUUUAGCAGUCAAGGCUCGUCAAAUGCAUUCAACAUGCUUGCAGGGUACAUCUUCGGCAAGAAUACUCGGCGGGAGGAGAUGCAGAUGACAACACCUGUGGUAAUGGCAGCGAAAACGACAGAUGCUGGUGACGGGCGGGAGGAGGAGGGGAGAAACGAGAAGGGAGAGAAGAUGAAAAUGACUACGCCAGUUAUGAUCGCACGAACUCCUAGUAUUCCUAAUGAGGCAAACGGAGGAGAGAAGGGUUUGCAGAUGGAAAUGACAACUCCUGUUAUGAACAAGCAGGAGGGCAGUGGGGGAGAGUGGAAGAUGUCGUUUCUUAUGCCGUCAAAGUAUGGAGAGGAAGGGGAAGGUCUUCCCAUCCCAGAUAGUCCGGAUGUGUCGAUCAAGCGGGUCCCAGGGAGAGUGCUAGGAGUGACAGCGUUUCCAGGCUAUGUUACGAACGGUCUUGUGCAGACGAAAGAGGAGGAACUGAGGCGGGCGUUGGAGCAGGAUCCGGACGUGCGCAUUCGCCCCAGUGCCAUUGCUGAGGUCGCACAGUAUAACGACCCUUUCAAGCCGCCGAUGGUGAGGCGAAAUGAGGUUGCACUGGAAGUUGAAUUGUUGUCCUUGCUCAACGAUGAUUAGAGAGAGUUAAUACAGAUUUUUUUUUUUUUUUUUUUUUUUUUUGGGCUAAUACAGAUUUUCGAAGCCACAGGACUCUGACUUUCGUAAUUAGGAGGAGGAGGAGGUUCGACAGUAGCAAAGUCGACGACGGUCGCGUAUCAUCUGUACAUUAUUCUUGCUUCCGAAGAAACGAAGAAACCCAGAACAAAAUGUCAGCCAGGAC